AUGGACGCCGCAACUAUCGACCGGCUGAAGGCCUUCGUCAAGAAGCGCCGACAGCGCCGCAUUUCGCUUGAGGAGAAGCUCGAUAUCCUCUAUAUGCACGCGGUCCUACGCGAGUCCCAGACGCAGGAUACCGCCGGUGUCAUUGCGCGCCAGCUCGGCAGAAGCACAAGAACUGUCAAGGAAGUCCUCUCCGAGUUUUUGGCCAUCGGCGAUCUCACCGUCGCAGAACCUCCGUCGAACAAGACGCACCAUGCAUCCCGUGUGCCAAGAACGCCUGCUGUGCGCGCCCUCGUCAGGACCUUUAUUCGCGACCGGUGUGUCACCCGCACACGGACGGUGGCCAAGGACGUUCUCGCGCUCCUCGAAGACAAGGGCUACAUUACUGGCAACAGCAAUAACACGAAAGACUACACCAAUCGUCUCCGUGUAGUUCAAAAGCUCUUGGCAAAGGAGGGCUACUUGCGGGGAAAGCGCCGCGGCGAGACGACCUGUUCGCACUAG